UUCCUCUCUCUCCCCUCCCACCCACCCCCUCCCCUCUCUUGGUUGUGGAGAGGAGGAGAGGAGAAGAGGAGAGCAAGAACCAAAGCCAAGAAGAGCAGCUGCUGCUGCUGCCAACCCUGCACAGCCUGGGCUUCUUCUUGAUCAUUGAUUGCCCAACUAUUACUACCUUCCUGGUUUUUCUGCUAUAUAGAAUCCCAUCUACUACUAUCAAUCUCUUAUCUUUCUUCCUAUCCCUUAUACAUAUCUUCUCUUGGUUCUUGGAAAUCUGCCCCCUCCUCUCCUUGUAGAUUUCCUCCGGCUUCAAGGGCCUCUUCCAGUUCAAGGCCGUAGCUUGAUCAGUACCAGUUUUGCUCUUCUUCUUCUUCUUCUUCUUCUUCGUUCUUGGUUUUGUUGAUCGCUUAGGGGAUUGGAAUUUUGCGGUUUCUUGGGGUUUCUUGGCCGGUUCGCCCGAUCCUGGGGUUCAGUCUUGCGGGAGUGUUUUGAGGUGUUUCCUUCGCUGCCAUGGAUGAUAGGAUUCCCCCGCCCUCGCCCUUGCAGUACUCGCCGUCUCCUGUCCAUUCUUCCCCUCACCCCCUCAGUUCUUUGAGGUAUUCUUCCUCUGAAAGAGAGAGAUAUCUGGCUGAGUUGCUUGCCGAGAGGCAGAAAUUAGCUCCAUUUGUACAAGUUCUUCCCUUCUGCACCAGGCUCUUGAACCAAGAGAUUCUGCGGGCAUCUUCUUUGCCACCUAACCAUAAUUAUGUUGAUCCUGAGAGAAUUGAGCAUGGUAGCCCAUUAAGGUUACCUGGCCUCCCAGUGAAUGGUCAGCCAAUGGAUCUGGAGGGAUGGUCAGGGAUGCAAACAGAGAAUAUGGGGGUUCUACAAGCAUCGUCUAUGGGCUGGAAUGGUCCUCCAGCAAUUACUGGCACCCCUGUUGUCAAGAAAGUUGUGAGGCUAGAUGUUCCUGUGGACAAGUAUCCUAAUUACAACUUUGUUGGUCGGUUGUUGGGGCCACGAGGUAACUCACUCAAAAGAGUUGAAGCUUCAACCCAGUGUAGAGUUUAUAUUCGGGGACGUGGUUCAGUGAAAGAUUCUGUUAAGGAGGACAAGCUGAGAGAUAAACCUGGGUAUGAGCACCUGAAUGAGCCAUUGCAUGUGCUUGUGGAAGCAGAGUUCCCAGCAGAUAUUAUUGAUGCCCGUCUAAACCAAGCAGUGACUAUCCUGGAGGAUCUUCUCAAACCAAUUGAUGAGUCCAUGGACUACUACAAGAAGCAACAAUUGAGGGAGCUGGCCAUUCUAAAUGGCACCCUGAGAGAGGAGAGUCCAAGUCCUCACCUCAGCCCCAGUGUCUCCCCCUUUAACUCCACUGGGAUGAAGCGCGCGAAAACAGGACGGUGAUCUUGGUUCCAAAAGCAUUAUUAUUCUCCAAAUCUGGUCAUGGUUCUAUGUCUGAUCACAUGCAUGUUGUGCUUCUGGAGAUGAUUGGUGAUGCAUAUGCUAGGAUCAUCAGUGCUGGCCUAUGCCUGUCAUGAUCUGCCUUGUUUUAUCACCCCGUUCGGUCCUUGGGGUGAAUGGUCUCUGUGGGCUUGAUGUUUGACGGUAUUAUUAUUUAUUCUUUGUGCAUCUGACUUCUGAAUAUUAACAUUAUUGGUUUGGGUAAGUUAACAAGGCCUGGUUGGCCACUCUAGAAAGUUGGGAUCCAAUUGUCAGGACAAUAAUCAGGUUUUGUCGGUGUACCUGAAAGAAUAGUUGUAAUUUGUCAAAGGGGCUGGUGCUCUUGUGUGCUAGUACAAGACAACCAAGCAAGCAAGUAUAGCUCAGAGACAACCUCCAUUAAUGAUUAUUUUGCAUUCAUACA